AUGUCGUCUACGGCAACGGAGAAGUCGCCGGGCUGGGAGGAGCGCUGGUCUACCGAGGAGAGCCAAACCAUCCUGCAGAAGUUUGCCGCGGAGGAGAAAAAGAUGCACGAUGACGACAAAAAGAAGCCCUUCAGCUGGCUUCCUUGCCUAGGAGCCAAGGACUCGGUCGACGAUGAGUCGGAAGUGGACGUGGACUCGAACCUGCAGGAGGUGAAAGCGGGCAAGGUCGACAAGGACGGGAACUUCGACAACUGGGCCUCCACGGCGCCUUCGAAGCCCGGAAAGGUUUUCGCCCCCGAGUCCGUGUCGGAGGUGCAGGACAUCCUGGCCGAGGCCAGAGGUUUGUCGCCCUCACCCAAGAUCCGAUGCACCGGUUCGAGCCACUCGUGGACUAACCUCUUCGCCGACGAUGGUGCCUGGCUCGUGGACACGACCGGCCUCAAGGACAUCGUCUGGAGCGCGGACGAAAACCCGACGCAGGUUAAGAUCGGACCGGGAGUCACCUGCGGGGAGCUGGCGUCCUUCUGCGACUCCAAAGACAGGGGCGAGUGGCGGGGCAUGUUUAUCCAGUCCGACGUCAUCCUGGAGACGGUCACGUACGGAGGCGUGGUUAACGCGGCUUGCCAUGGCGUCGGGCAGACACAGACCGUCUGCGACUACGUGGUGGCGACCACCAUCAUCACGUGGGACGGCAAGAAGGUCGAGCUGAGCAGGGUCGACGACCCCGAAGGCUUCGCUUUGAAGAUCGCUCACUUCGGCCUCCUUGGGGUCACCGUGGACUUCACGUUCCAGCUCGACAGCGCGCGCACCGCGAUCAAGGUGACCGAUCGCAAGCAGCGCGCUAGGGAGACCUUCCUGGAGAAGGGGCAGCUGCCGGCGGAGGGGUCGAGCAACCCUUUGCUUGACCUGUGGAACGAGAACUACGCCGUCGAGAUCUUCUACUUCCCGUCUUCGAGCCUGGAGAUCACCAACAUCCUGAGCCACGAGUUCGAAGAUCAGGACUGGGACGAGUACGACGACAUCUGCACCCUCAAGAUAUUCAACCGCACGGACAACGCCGUCGGUAAGAUUCAGAACUUCGGAGCGAAGCCCGCCCUGGUGUCCCUUUACGCUAAGACAGCCGCCAAGGCCUUCGAGCCUGCCUUCCAGACCACAGGGGAAGUCUCGUACGAGACAUCGCUGGCACAGGCGAUCCACUGGCAAAAGUACAUCACCGACGGCCUCCCCGUGUCCGACACCGAGGUGUGCAUUAAGUGCGAUCCAGACUUCACCAGCGCGUACAAGGCCAUCCACGAGACGAUCGCCAUCGUCAAGAACUUCGCGGAGGUGGAGGACACAAUGCCGCUCAACGUUGCCAUGGAGAUGCGCUUCACCAAGCACAGCGAUAGCCCCCUGAGCCCUGGCUACGGAGUCGAGGACGGCUCACCGGCUGGGCUCCCUCACUGGGCGAAGUGGACCGAGUCUUACGUCGAGGGCGCGGAGGAGAAGCUGAAGCGAGCCUACGCCAGCCGGCUGCCGCUGCUGUCCGCGCUGUCGAAGGAAUGGGACCCCAACAGGGUCUUCGUGAACGGCCUGUUCCAGAGGCUAUUGUUCGACGACAGCACCACCACCAGCGGCGAGCCAAAGGUGGUGGCGGAGGAGGAGGCUGCUGUCCCCGCCGCUGUCUCGUCGUGACGAGGGCUGCUUGCUUGCUUGCCUGCUAGCUUGCGCCACGAAACGGUUGUUGGGGCAUUGCGCGGACGACACAAGCAGCGAAAAAAUAAUGUAUACGUAGGCACCAAUCUAUUUCCUUCCUUCCUUCCUUCCUUCCUUCCGAACGAACGAACGAAAACGAACGAACGAACGAAAACGAACGAACGAAUCGCGGUUACUUGCGAGUGAGAAGGCGUCGAAUGAUGACGGCGGCGGCAGGCAUGGGGCGCGUACCGCAAGAGGCAGAGAUACGGCACCCCUCCUAGACUCAUUUGCUUCACAACCAAGCUUGUGUCAACACCAAAAAUAGUGGUACUGUAUUGGAAACAUCUCGUCGAGGGCUUUCCGUAAAUGUAUCGGGCUCUCUCCGCACCCCGUUGGUUGUGGAGCCAUGGAGCUUUGAAAGUCGGUCCUGGGGGGGGGUGCCAUCUCUCCGCCUCUUUUGGCAAGCAUGGAGCUGGGGAGGGUAGCAGCAGAAGCGCCAGGUGCUUGCUGCUCGCGUGUUUUUCGAGUGCUGCUGCUGCUGUCCGAUGAAGGUUUGGGUGGAAGCAUAUCUAUGUAGCGGGCACCUUCCCGGAGCGUCGACGAACGGACUACUGUAGGGGUUUGGGCGUGGAGCGACACAGGGGCACCAUUGUGAGGUGCAGCCCAUGGUUUUACCGGGAAGAAAUAGCAUGGG